AUGUCAGAUGUUGGUGCUGAAGAAAUGCAGCCUGAUCAAGAAUUGGUUGAACUUUUGGAAAUGGACAAACAAAAACUAACAAAGAAACAAUUACAGAAAGUACAUGACAAAGAAGUAGAAAUGGCUCGAAUGAAAUUUCAACUGGAAAUGGAGAAGUUAAGAAUGGAAAGAGAAAGAGAGAAGGAAGAAAUGAAUUUUAGGAUAAAAGAACUUGAAUUAGACAAUGCUAAACAAAUUAAAACUUUGGAAGUGGAAUUACAGAAAUCAAAAGAUACACAGGAGUUAAAAUGUUCGAGUUUGUCCAUGAAAGUGAAAAUGCAACCGUUUGAUGUGGAAAAGGAAGAUAUUUUAACAUAUCUAUCCGAGUUUGAGGCUGUGGCCCAACAAGCCGGGUGGGAUGAUAAGGUUAAAGUGCUGCAGCUAAGAACCUUAUUACCCGGUGUUGCACGAGAAGUAGCACGCGAAUCAAGCCAGGACUUUAAGGGUCUGAAGAGGGCGUUGGUUACCAGGUUUGGACGGCGACCGGCGGACUACUUUGUUUUGCUUGAUCAAAUCAAGCGGAAGGGGAAAGAGACAUACAGGGGAUUGAACUCUCGUAUACGGAUGUACGUGGAGAGGUUUCUCGAUGAUAAAGAUCCAACUGACCAGCUGUGUGAAGCUUUCUUUCUAAAAGCGUUACCUCCAGCACAAGCACAGUGGAUUGUGAGAAACAAAGGUUCAGGCAGUGUAGUGGAAGCGGCGGAAGAUUACGUAGAAUCAGAUAAUACAAUCAGAGAAAACCGAGAUCAGCAUGAUGGAAGGAAUCAUUCAAGACAAAUAAAACCAGAUAUCAAGUGUUUUAUAUGUCACAAACAGGGUCAUCUGGCACGCCACUGUAGAAAACGAUACGGUGACAGCCGAAAUCAAGCGACUUUCUUUAUCCAAAAUCACCAGACAAAUAAGCUAAUCUACCUACCUGGAAAGGUGAAUGGAAAAAACAUUUCAUUUGUUAAGGACACAGGAUGUGAACUAACUUUAAUAAAGGCAAAGUUUGUUCCCCCAAGCUGCAUUCUAGAGGGACAGAGCACAGUGCUGUAUACAGCAGUAGGGCAACCAUUCAAUGCCAAACUUGCUGUUGUGGAGAUAGACACUCCAUUUUACUCUGGAAAUGUACAGGUUGGUGUUGUGCCGGGUUUGGUUGAAGAUGCUUUACUUGGAAUCGAUAUCAUUGACAGAAAAGCCAAAGUUAAUGCAGUGACAAGAGCCCAAGCUCAAGCAGAAGAAAUACUUGAAUUCCCUCAGGUACAAAAACAAAUGGCUGAAACAUCAGAAAUAAAUGAGAAUAUCCUGCCAAAUGCUGAGACAUUAGCGACCCAACAACGGGAAGAUGAAACACUGAACAAGAUUCGAGAAACUGCUCUGAAGACAGAAGAAGAAGCAAGAUCUGAAUCCAGUGCUUUCUUCUGGGAAGACUCAAUUCUUUAUCGUCACUGGAGAACCAAAGAUGAUUCCAAAGAAGGAAAGCAAUUAGUUGUUCCACAGUCUAUGAGAAAGAAGAUAUUAGAACUGGCUCAUGACAGACCACUAGCUGGACAUCUUAGUGUUGAAAAAACCAAACAGAGAAUCAUGGCAAGGUUCUAUUGGCCUGGAGUACUCAAAGAGGUUGCUGGACACUGUAAAACGUGCGACGUCUGCCAGAAGUUUGCCAAAAAGAAACCAGGCGAAAUCGCACCAAUGCGGACAGUACCAAAAGUCACUGAACCUUUCAGAAAAAUAUCCAUGGAUAUUGUCGGUCCACUGGCCAGAACAAAGAAAGGUAACAAGUUUAUUUUAACCAUUGUAGAUGAAGCCACACGUUAUCCAGAGGCCUUUGCUCUGAAGUCAAUUGAAGCAGAGGUGAUUGCUGAUAAACUGAUUGAAAUGUUUAGCAGGACAGGUGUACCUGAGGUAAUCUUGACGGACCAAGGCUCGAACUUCACAAGUACAUUGAUGAAGCAGUUAUAUGAGAUUCUUGGAGUCAAGGGUGUGACAACAUCGCCGUAUAAUCCCAAGGCGAAUGGUGUUGUUGAACGUUUUAAUGGAACUUUAAAAGCAAUGCUGAAAAAGUUAUCCAUGAGUGGCAGUGAUGACUGGGAUGUUCUGUUGCCAUAUACAUUAUUUGCGUACAGAGAGGUACCACAUCAGGAGACCGGGUUUGCACCAUUUGAGCUUUUGUAUGGAUGGCCUGUUCGUGGACCUCUGGAUCUUGUAUAUGAAGCCAUGACGGGACAGUCUGAAAAUGGUCAGACAUUGUUGGAUCACAUUACUAAGGUCAGGGAACGCCUGGCACUAGUUACCAGUGUAGUUGAGAAAAACUUGACAAGACGACAUGAGUAUACCAAGGCAUGGUAUGACAGAAAAAAACAGGCCAAGGAACGGAAGUUUUGGCCUGGUGACCAGGUACUGGUUUUGUUGCCGUCCAGUUCAAAGAAGAUGCUUGCACAAUGGCAGGGUCCGUUCAGAGUGGUAAAGCAAGUGUCUGAUGUCAAUUAUUCAGUUCAAGUUGGCGGUCGUCGAGUAUGUGUUGUAUAUCACAUCAAUUUGUUGAGAAAAUAUCAUCCCAGAACUAUCAUGUAUGUUGGUGCACAUAAUGAUACUGAAGAAGAGGAAUCGAGUGGAUUUAUCUUUCCUGAUGACACUGAGUCUUACCGAGAGGUCAGAAUCAAUCCGGUGCUGUCACAAGAACAAAAAGAACAACUGCGAGCAAUCUGUGAAGAAUUCUCAGAUGUAUUGACUUCAAAGCCUGGCUGUACAGACUUGAUAGAACAUGAUAUCAAGUUAAUAUCUGAUACCACUAUCUGUCAAGCGCCUUACAGAAUUCCCCAUUCUAAGUUGGGUGAAGUCAAGAAUGCCAUUGACGAUCUACUAAAGCAAGGGCUGAUCAAAGUGUCAAGAAGUCCAUAUUCGUUUCCAGUCGUUCUUGUGCGAAAGCCUGACAAGACACUAAGAAUUUGUAUCAAUUACAAGAAACUAAAUGACAUUACAGUAUUUGACAGUUACCCCAUGCCAAGGAUUGAUGAAACAAUCGAAGCUGUGGGGAGAUCCAACUUCAUCAGCCGACUUGAUCUGACCAAGGGGUACUAUCAAAUACCUCUCUCCAAAUCAGCACGGGAGAAGAGUGCAUUUACUACACCAUUUGGGCUCUACGAGUUUACUGUUAUGCCUUUUGGAAUGAAAACAGCACCAGCAUGUUUUGCUCGAUUGAUGAAAUUGGCAUUGGGAUCGGUGAGAGAUGUAGAAACGUAUUUCGAUGAUGUCAUAAUCCACAGUAUGGAGUGGAAUGACCAUGUGGAAAGCCUUCGGGAGGUUUUCCAUAACCUUCGGAAAGCUAAGCUGACAGUUAGACCAUCAAAAUGUGAGCUGGGAGCAUCCGAAACUAAGGUACUUGGACAUAUUGUUGGACAAGGUCAGGUAAAGCCAAAUCCUGACAAGGUUAGUGUCAUGAAAGAAUAUCCACUGCCCAUCACAAAGAAAGAUAUCAGAAGGUUUUUGGGAAUGACAUCCUACUACCGGAAAUUCAUCAAAAACUUCGCCGAAAUUUCCGCUAGUUUGACCGAUUUGUUGAGAAAGAAUUGCCCAAACAAAGUUCAUUGGACUGAUAAAAGUGUACAAGAUUUCAGAGCACUGAAAGACGCAUUGACCAAUGCACCUGUGUUGAUCAAUCCAGACUUCAGUAAGAAAUUUGUGUUGCAGACUGAUGCAAGUGAUCAUGCUCUUGGAGUUGUAUUGUGUCAAAUCCAAGCAGGUGAUGAACACCCAGUGGCAUUUAUGUCCAGGAAGUUAUUGCCACGAGAGCGAAACUACGCCACAAUUGAGAAGGAGUGUUUGGCAAUUGUAUGGGGAGUAGAAUCCCUAUCAUACUACUUGGCGGGAACACCAUUUACCAUCCAAACUGACCACAAUCCGCUUGUGUGGUUAAACAACUUGAAGGCGAAGAAUCAGCGCUUGUUAAGAUGGUCACUGAUCCUGCAAGCAUACGAGUUCAUCAUAGAAUACAAGAAAGGAACUGAUAAUGGAAAUGCAGACAGUCUGUCAAGAAUCUACUAG